AGUUGGCGCGGCGGCGGCGAAGCGGCAGGAGGGUAGGAGCCGCAGCGCCGAGUGAGGCGCGCGGUGGGGCGCGGGCAGCGGCGGGGCCGGAGCAACAUGGCGCCGGGGGGCGGGGGCGGGUGGCGGGACGGCUGGCCGGCCCGAGGGCGCCUCCUCCUGGCCGCGCUGCUGCUGCUGCUAUGGACCCGGGCGGCCAGCGGCCAGAGCAGCUCCCAGCAGAGCGUGAUCCUAGGCAUGAGGCUGGCGAGCUGCAACAAGUCGUGCGGGAUGAACCCGGAUGGCAUCAUCUUCGUGUCCGAGGGCAGCACGGUGAACUUGAGGCUCUACGGCCACAGCCUGGGCGAGAUCUCCAGCAACCUGAUCUCCUUCACCGAGGUGGACGACGCCGAGAAGGUCCACAACUCCACCAACUGCCUGGAGCUCACCAAAGACUUAGUGGUCCAGCGGCUGGUCAACGUGAGCCGCGGGAACACGUCGGGGAUGCUAGUGGUGAUUACCAAGUUCCUGCGGAGGAGCGAGAACAUGAAGCUGUACGCACUGUGCACCCGGACCCGGGCCGACGGGCCCUGGGUCAAAUGGACGGACAAGGAUUCCCUGCUCUUCAUGGUGGAGGAGCAUGGGAGGUUUCUGCCGCUCUGGCUGCACAUCCUUCUCGUUUUGGUGCUGUUGGUGCUGUCGGGCAUCUUUUCUGGCCUCAACCUGGGGCUUAUGGCCCUGGACCCGAUGGAGCUGCGCAUCGUGCAGAACUGUGGAACUGAGAAGGAGAGAAAGUAUGCUCGCAAGAUAGAACCCAUCAGGCGCAAGGGCAACUACCUGCUCUGCUCGCUGCUCCUGGGGAAUGUGCUAGUCAACACCUCCCUCACCAUCCUUCUAGACAACCUCAUCGGCUCUGGCAUCAUGGCAGUGGCUUCCUCUACCAUUGGCAUUGUCAUCUUUGGGGAGAUCUUACCUCAGGCCCUGUGCUCCCGGCACGGGCUGGCUGUGGGUGCCAACACUAUUGUUCUCACCAAAGUCUUUAUGCUCCUCACUUUCCCCCUGAGUUUCCCCAUUAGCAAACUCCUGGACUUCGUCUUGGGUCAGGAGAUUCGUACUGUUUACAAUCGGGAGAAGCUGAUGGAGAUGUUGAAGGUGACAGAGCCUUAUAAUGACUUGGUGAAGGAGGAGUUAAAUAUGAUCCAGGGUGCCCUGGAACUAAGGACCAAAACUGUGGAGGAUAUCAUGACCCAGCUACAUGACUGCUUCAUGAUCCGCAGUGAUGCCAUUCUGGACUUCAACACCAUGUCAGAGAUUAUGGAGAGUGGCUAUACUCGCAUUCCCGUGUUUGAAGACGAGCAAUCCAAUAUCGUAGAUAUCCUUUAUGUCAAAGACUUGGCUUUUGUUGACCCGGAUGACUGCACCCCACUCAAGACGAUCACUCGCUUCUACAACCACCCGGUACAUUUUGUUUUUCAUGACACCAAGCUGGAUGCCAUGCUGGAGGAAUUCAAGAAGGGGAAGUCCCACCUGGCCAUUGUGCAGAAGGUGAACAAUGAGGGUGAGGGCGACCCCUUCUACGAGGUGCUGGGCCUGGUCACCCUGGAGGAUGUCAUUGAGGAGAUCAUCAAGUCCGAGAUCCUGGAUGAAUCGGACAUGUACACUGACAAUCGAACCCGGAAACGAGUGUCCAUGAAGAACAAGCGUGACUUCUCUGCCUUCAAGGACACUGACAAUGAACUCAAAGUGAAAAUCUCACCUCAGCUGCUUCUGGCUGCUCAUCGCUUCCUGGCCACAGAGGUGCCGCAGUUUAGCCCCUCUCUGAUGUCAGAGAAGAUCCUGCUCCGGCUGCUCAAGUACCCUGACGUCAUUCAGGAGCUCAAGUUUGACGAACACAACAAGUACUGCGCGCGCCACUACCUUUACACCCGGAACAAGGCAGCCGACUGCUUCAUCCUCAUCCUGCAGGGGAAGGUGGAGGUGGAAGCAGGCAAGGAGAACAUGAAGUUUGAGACGGGUGCCUUCUCGUACUAUGGGACCAUGGCUCUGUCCACGGGAACCUCAGACCGGUCCCCAGCCCACCAAACUCCACUCAGCCGCUCAGCCUCCCUCAGUUACCCGGACCGCAACACAGACUUGACACACUCCUCCCUGGCAGGCAGCAACCAGUUUGGCAGCUGCAUUCUGGGCCAGUAUAUCUCUGACUUCAGUGUGCGGGCGCUCACAGACCUGCAGUACAUUAAGAUCACAAGACAGCAGUACCAGAAUGGACUGAUGGCCUCCCGCAUGGACAACAGCCCCCAGCUCACCCUGGAUGGCUGUGCCACCUGCGCAGAGAACUUUACCGAGAGGCCUGAGCUGCCCGUGGUGGAUGAGACCACGACUCUUCUCAAUGAACGCAACUCGCUGCUGCACAGACCCUCCCAAGAGGGCGCCAUCUGACAGGAGGGCCCGGGGACUCCCGCCCACCCUGCGGGGGUCUCCCCAGUGGGCCCACAUGAAGUUAGGGAGCCUGUUAGGCUAGAAGGGGUGCAGGUAGAUAUCCUGCAUGACUGAGCAACCAGACAUCCCUGUCCAGGGGCUCUGGCUGCAGAUGGGGACCUCUGAACAGCUCUGACAUGAUGCCUGCCCAGCCCAGCUAGUGAGCAAAGAAAGGCUGGGGUUUUUUUGGUUUUUUUUUAAACACUGAGAAGUUUUAAGCUAGGCUCAUUGCUCCUCUUUUUAAAUAUCAUUUUGGGAAGGGAAGACAGGGUUAAGGAACUUUAUGUAAAAAAAAAAAAAUUUUUUUUUCCAAGAAGUCCCACAAACUUUAAAAGGGGAGGAGGGUUCCUCGCCCCAGGAAGCAGUAGCCAUAACCUGUUUCCAGCAAGACCUUGCAGCCUGUGUCUGUCACUCUAGGAGGCACUCCUCUGCAGCAGUGAGGCUCUGUGAGGGCCUGGAGCCCACAGGAGUGGAUUCCUGGGAGGAAGCAGGGAUCCAGGUGAUAAUGAGGUCUACUGCUAGGACACACGAGCUGAAGUCAUAGAGCAGUGCUGAGCAACGGAUCAGGGACGGGAUGACCCCAGCAUCAGCAUCGGAGAGGAAUACAUCUGCCCUUGUCAACUGCUGGAUCCAGUGAUCUCCUAGAACCCGGACCAGGGCCUCUCAUGGAGAGACGGGACUCAGCUGCGAACCAGGCCCUGGCUCUUUCAUCUACCCCUUUGGAUAGUUUUCUCCUGGAAGGGUCUGGUUCCAUGGUUAGGCAUGGUCUUUGGCUCUGCAGUUGCUUCUCUGCUUCCUGGCCAUGGCUUCCCUCUUACCAAAGGUUUCCUCUCAGAGGGGAGAACAUCAACAUUAGAGGUGACUUGUUGAGCACUCCUUGUGGUUUCCGGCCAAGUCUGACGAUAAGUAUAUCUGUGUCAGCAGCUCUUCCUACCCAUCCACCUGCAAGAAGAGCCAGGGAUGAGCAGUCCACCCAGGAAGGUUUCUUUCCUGCCUCCCCAUUCUUAUCUCUAUCCUGGUCCCUCUGGGGACUGAAAGCCACCUAAGCUGGGCCAUUGCAUCCUUGCCUGCGUGGCUGACUGAGGACCACCUAAGCUCAUUUCCACUUAAGGACCUCCAAGAAAGGAGGGGUUCCUAAUACCAUACAACAGGUAGCCCGGUUCUCUCUGCCUGGGGACUGUGCUAGUGAGAGAGUAAUGAUAAGCUUGGGCUGAAACUGUUAGUGCCGCAGAGCAAUCCAUGCCAUGUGAAUCCUACCCCAGUGCCACCUGGGAAACCUGAGUGGAAUCAGGCCAUGGGACAGAGCUGCACACUUCUAUUGUUGGGAGACUGUGGGACCAAGGGCCACAUCUACCUUACGUUGGCACAAAUGGAGUUGGAGUAUAAGAGCCAGGCUAGGGAGAGCAUGGGCAAGCAUGAACACAGGCAAGCUGGAGCACUGGCCGUCUGUGUUUAUUCAUUCACUCCUUUCCUCAGCCAGUGGAGUCUUGUCACACCACAUACUCUGCUGUCUGUGUACCCAGAGAAUCCUAACUCCCAGGAUGCACCAGGGUGUCCUGUACCCCCGGCCAAUCUGAGGUCUCUUCCAUUCACAGAAUUUACUCCGAGAAGCCUGAAAACUUUCAACAGCUUUCAACUAUAAGGGAAAAAGACAUCAGACCUCUAGUUCCUUAAGAAACUCUUAGUUCUCUGUAGAUGCAGGAUGCUCCUGGGUCUCUAGAUGAGGUGCCUAGCUGUGUUCCUGAGAGACCUAAGUGCCAGGUAGAGCAAAACAUGUGGUGGGUGUGAGGCAAAUGUAGCAGGUGCACACACUUCCAUAGCUACCUCUGUGCGUACACAGUCACCACCGACAGACAGGCCCCGCCCCUCCCCACCCCUCCUUAUUGAGAAUCAGUUUUUGCAGAGGGUCAUAAUUAUUUCCAAAUAUUACUGGUCUGAUGACUUCCUCCUCCCAGUGCAAUUUUUUCACUUCCUCUUUAAACCUCUGGUUCUUGGGCAGAGCCAUACCCUGGAACUGGCAUGGUCUGCAUGUCUUCCCAGCAGAGGAGGACUCCGCAGACAGCGUCCAAGUGGAUAGGCAAGUCACAGCCGCCAUAGCAGAUGACUCCUAUUUAUUUUGCAUUAAGAUUUUAAUUUGUAUAUUUUUGUGAUUUAUUUUGGCAUUGUUAUGAGUUUGACUCUCGGGGAGUUUUGUUGUUAUGACUCUUGUGUCUUUUGUCACAAAACAAUGAUAAUAUUUGCUAAACAAUAUAUGGAAUUUAUUUUUGAUUGGUAAUA